ACCAACUGAACCACCCAGGUGUCCCUCCCAUGAAAAUCUUUGAAUGUGUGUUGGUAUUUCAGAAUUCAGUCUUUUUGUGUCUGUGAGAUUUGUGCUGACUGAAGAAAUGAUCUGUGAUGAAAUAACUGUGUAUACUUCAAUAAGCCAUGAGAGCGAAGAGUGAACAUCAAUGAGUAUAUCCUAUAAUUUUGUUAAUACAGUGUUAGAUAGUAUUUCUAAUCUAUUUAUCUUGAAGAACCUCCUGGGUUUCCAAGAAUGGUUUCAAGAUUUGUUUCUCUGUUUUAUGUUUUCAAUAAUAAUAUUACUAGACCUGUUAUGCUGUAUUAGGGGAUGAUGAGGACUAAUAGAGUAUUAAACCAAGCACUCUAAUAUAUGACCAGCAGGAAAUACAGUAGAAACUUAAGAUUAACCAGAUUGGGAUACCUGGGUGGCUGAGUCUGUUGAGUGUCUAACUCUUGGUUUCAUCUGGGGUUGUGAUCCCAUGGUUAUGGGAUCCAGCCCCUCAUGGGGCCUCUCAUGGAGCCUCUGGUGGAACCCCACUUUGGGAUUCGUGCUCAGCGGGGAGUUUGCUUGAGAUUCUCUGCCUCUGUCCCUCCCUCUGCGUGCUCUCUCUCUCUCAAAUAAAUAAAUAAAUCUUAAAGAAAGACUAACCAGAUUGGUUUAGUAAAGGUCAGGCACAAAGUUCUUCAGUUUUCAAUCAAUUUUACAAAAUCAAUGUUCAUAAUAAUAUUGAUGUGAACUUCUUGGCAUUAGCUUAUUGCCAGAUCUCAAGCUUAUCCCCCAAAAUGAGUUCAAAGAUAGCAUAAUCUCUUUUAUAUGGAUUAGUUGAGAUGGUGAUAUCUAAAAUAUUAUACCGAAAAAGCAAAAGAUGGAUCAUUGGCUUAUACAAUAUAUUAUGAUUAUGAUACAAUAUAUCAAACUCUUUUGUGACUUGAUGUUCAUCCAGUGUCCUUUCAUAUACUCAAAAAAACCCAUAUUACUGGAAAGUAAUUGCUAAAUUAACAUCUGUCUACCUUGGGUAAACUUUCUGAUGUUCAUCUCUCUAUGUUUGAGGAUUCCAUAUUGUGUGUACCAUCUCAAUCCCCAAUGUCUAUAAUGAAGUGGUUGGAGAUCUCUUGCUUCCUUUUUCUCUAAAAUAAAUCUAACAGGCUUCAGAUAGUAGGUUAAGUCUACUGUUAAUAUAGUCUAAUGUUAUAUUUUGAUUAGAGGCCCUUAUAACUGAUUGUUUCACAGAUGCAUAAGAUAAUUCCAUGUUAUAAAAAGUGACAAGCCUGCUUGCUUUAUUAGUUUUUUAAGAAAGAAUUUUGCAUUUGCUAAGAGUCCUAGCAGGAUGAUAAUAUGGGGAAGAGUAAAUUUGAAAAAAACGAAACAAGUCUGAAAUUAGCAAUAGUAUGUGUAUAUUCUAGAUAAAGAAAAAUACUAACAUACAAAUAAGUAUACUAGUAAUUUUUUCAUGGACCAUUUCAAUAUUUUUAAUUUGGAGAUGAAUCAUCAAUCAUACAACAAAAUACUCAAGCUAGAGUGAUAUUUAUUCUAAAUCACUUUCUACUUUAAACUUCCAUUAGAUCCUCUUUUCACACCCUUAAAUCCAAGGCUAUAUGAAAAGACAAAGACAUAUAACCAAGUUACAUCUUCAGGCAAUGAUAACUCAUAUCAACAAUUCCCAUUUUCUCCUGGUAUUUUAUGAAAUUGAAUUUACACAAACAUUAAAGUCACUUGCCAUUUGGUUGAAUUAAGAAUUAUAUGUGUGUGUGUGUGUGUGUUUAACCAGUAGUAUGCAUUUAGAGGAGGUAUAAUUAGAAAUCCUUUCUCUUGUUUUGGAUGAAUUUAUGAUCUCAAACCCAGAAUUCUUUCAACAAGAAACAGGUCAUUCAACCAUUUAUUGAGUGCCCACUGUGUGCUGGGAGCUCUGCUAUGUGCUAGUCUACCUCAUGUCACACCUACAAUGCUACAACAGCUCCCUGCUUGUCUCCUGGCUCCUGGUCUUCUCCCCUUCAAUCCACUUUGCAUACUUGGCCAGUCUCAGCUCUUCUUAAGUCUUACCUUACUCUUUUGGUCCAGCAUAUCCAGUGGCUCCCCAGUGCCCCCAAGAUCAAGUCCAGUUCUUUAAUGUGAUGGUUAAGCCUUCCAUGCUCAAGCUAUGCCCUCUCUAAUGAAAUUUCCUAUCAACGGUAUUGUCUCUUUGUCUGGUCCCCUCCUGUGCCUGGUACUCAGAGAUGCUUAAUAAGCAUUUAUUAAGUGAAUGAAGGAAAAAAAAAAGUCAGCUAUUUUCAUGAAUAUAUCUUGACAGAUACACAAAAACCAAUGUUAGUGACUUAGAAAUACCAAUAUGGCAUACGUAUUUUCAUGGUGACAUUUAUUUAUUUCAUUGAAUUAUAAUAAAAUUUAUUUUAUAAUUGAAAGACACCUUCUUCCAUAUCACUGACACCAUCACAUAGUGUCAUUUUGAUACCUCAUAUUGUACUGUUAGCAGUGUAACUUCCCUGAUAAAUCAUGUGUGUCAAAUAUAAAUUUCAUCGACAUCCAUAGACUUCCAUUGUGAAUUCUGUUUUAAACACUAAAUUUGAAAACAUAUUUUUGUUUUUCAAUGGAUAUAAGAUUGCUUGUAACAAAAAUGCAAUUAAAUGUAAAUAACAAAAAAGAAUUGGAACUAAAGAAAAUAGAUAUGAAUAGAAGGCAAGUACAUAGAGAUAAGAACACAACAUACAGAACUUAAAGACUAAAGAGUUGUUAUUAAAACCUCAAGUUUGUCUUUGAGUUUCCUAGCAGCCAAAGUAACAAAAGAGAUUAGAAAUAAAACAAUUCAGGGUGCCUGGGUGGCUCAGUCGGUUAAGCGUUUGCCUUUGGCUCAGGUCAUGAUCCCAGGGUCCUGGGAUGGAGCCCCACAUUGGGCUACCUGCUCUGUGGGGAGCCUGCUUCUCCCUCUCCUCCCUGCUUGUGCUCUCUCUCUCUGUCUGUCUCUCAAAUAAAGAAAUAAAAUCUUUAAAAAAUAAAGGUGACCUGAUACAUAUUGGGCUCUCAAUUAAAAAAAAAAAACAAUUCAAAUUUGAUAACAUUUUAAUAUGAGAAGUAAUAUCUUUAGGAAAUGUUUAACCCUAGUUUUUCAUAAGGCUACCUGUAGAGCCAAACUCUGUGUAUAUUAUGUAGAUAAAUAAAAGAACAAUUGUAUAACUCUAAAUCAAAUAUAGGAACAAAAAUUUCAAUUUUAUAUUAAGAAUAAAAUGUCAUUUUCCACAUACCAUUGCUUUCAAUAUGACUUAUACUACAAAUGUUUCCUCAAUGAGCACUUUGGAAAUAAUAUUUUGAGGAUAAAAUAAAAGGACACUUGAAGUUAAUUAUAUUUUUCUCUUUAAGUAAAAUUCUGUAGUGUACGAUGUAGUGUAAGUACUCACUAUUCAGGCGCAAGGUGUCGCUCUUUACUUGGUGGAAAUAGCUGUUUCAAGGGUUGGUCUGAACAGCCAGGAACGCCCCAUACAAAACGACUCCAUCAUGCCGAAUGUUACUGUUAAAGGAUUCUUUGAAACUUCUCAAAAAUUCAGCUAGAUUUUUAACCCCAAACUGGAGUCUCUGGUACUGUAAGUGUAAAAGAACCGUAUUUUGGAAGUCAGUGUCGUAUGCGAUGCUCGGCUCUCAAAGAAGGGGAUUGGGCACUCGGCGUCUGCUGCUGUCGCUUCUCCUCCUUGCAGUCUGGGAGGCCGGGAGUGGUCAGGUCCACUACUCGGUCGCCGAGGAGUCCAAACACGGCACCUUCGUGGGCCGCAUCGCCCAGGACUUGGGGCUGGAGCUGGCAGAGCUGGUGCCGCGCCUGUUCCGGGUGGCGUCCAAAGGCCGCGGGGACCUUCUGGAGGUAAAUCUGCAGAAUGGCAUUUUGUUUGUGAAUUCUCGGAUCGACCGGGAGGAGCUGUGCGGGCAGAGCGCAGAGUGCGGCAUCCACCUGGAGGUGAUCGUGGACAGGCCGCUGCAGGUUUUCCAUGUGGAAGUGGAAGUAAAGGAUAUUAAUGACAAUCCACCAGUGUUCUCUCUCAGAGAACAAAAGCUGCUGAUUUCUGAAUCUAAGCAACCCAACUCUCAUUUUCCUCUAGAGGGAGCUUCUGAUGCGGAUAUAGGAGAGAAUGCUCUAUUAACCUACAGACUAAGUCAAAAUGAGUAUUUUUCUUUAGAAUUACCAACACAUAGUAAGCAGACUAAAAGACUGUCGCUUACAUUAAAAAAAUAUCUGGAUCGAGAGAAAACUCCAGAGCUUAAUUUGCUACUGACUGCUGCAGACGGGGGAAAACCAGAGCUCACUGGCACCCUUCAGCUUUUCGUCCAAGUCUUGGAUAUUAACGACAAUGAUCCGGAAUUUGAGCAAUCAGAAUACAAGGUGAGAUUGAUGGAAAAUGCAGCUAAAGAAACUUUUGUGAUAAAGCUAAACGCCACAGAUCGAGAUGAAGGAGACAAUGGGGAGGUAACCUAUUCCUUGAUGUCAAUUAAGCCCAAUGGAAAGCUCUUAUUUACACUAGAUGAAAAUAACGGAGAAGUGAGGGUCAAUGGAAUUUUAGAUUAUGAGGAAAACAAGUUUUAUGAAAUUGAAGUACAGGCCACAGAUAAAGGGAAUCCCCCAAUGGCCGGUCACUGUACAGUCUGGGUAGAAAUAUUAGACGCCAAUGAUAAUGCCCCUGAAGUCACCGUGACUUCUCUGUCUCUACCAGUACGAGAGGACACUCAGCCUAGCACUGUCAUUGCGCUGAUCAGCGUAUCCGACCGUGACUCUGGUGCCAACGGGCAGGUGACCUGCACCCUGUCACCCCACGUUCCCUUCAAGCUGGUGUCCACCUUCAAGAAUUACUAUUCGCUGGUGCUGGACAGCGCCCUGGACCGAGAGAGCGUGGCGAACUAUGCUCUAGUAGUGACCGCGCGUGACGCAGGCUCGCCUUCGCUCUCCGCCACGGCCAGCGUGUCCGUGGAAGUGGCGGACGUGAACGACAACGCGCCGGCAUUCGCGCAGCCCGAGUACACGGUGUUCGUGAAGGAGAACAACCCGCCCGGCUGCCACAUCUUCACGGUGUCUGCGCGGGACGCCGACGCGCAGGAGAACGCGCUGGUGUCCUACUCGCUGGUGGAGCGGCGCGUGGGCGAGCGAGCGCUGUCGAGCUACGUGUCGGUGCACGCGGAGAGCGGCAAGGUGUACGCGCUGCAGCCGCUGGACCACGAGGAGCUGGAGCUGCUGCAGUUCCAAGUGAGCGCGCGCGACGCGGGCGUGCCUCCCCUGGGCAGCAACGUGACGCUGCAGGUGUUCGUGCUGGACGAGAACGACAACGCGCCCGCGCUGCUGCCGCGGCCGGGGGCGGGCGGCGGCGCUGUGAGCGAGCUGGUGUCGCGGUCGGUGGGCGCGGGCCACGUGGUGGCGAAGGUGCGCGCGGUGGACGCCGACUCUGGCUACAACGCGUGGCUGUCGUACGAGCUGCGGCCGGCGGCGGGUGGCGCGCGCAGCCCGUUCCGCGUGGCGCUGUACACGGGCGAGAUCAGCACGACGCGCACCCUGGACGAGGCGGACUCGCCGCGCCAGCGCCUGCUGGUGCUGGUGAAGGACCACGGCGAGCCGGCGCUCGCGGCCACGGCCACUGUGUUGCUGUCGCUGGUGGAGAGCGGCCAGGCGCCCAAGGCGUCGUCGCGGGUGCUGGCGGGCGCCGCUGGCGCCGAGACGGCGCUGCUGGAUGUCAACGUGUACCUGAUCAUCGCCAUCUGCGCGGUGUCCAGCCUGUUGGUGCUCACGCUGCUGCUGUACACGGCGCUGCGCUGCUCGGCGCCGCCCGCGGAGGGCGCGUGCGCGCCUGGGAAGCCCACGCUGGUGUGCUCCAGCGCGGUGGGGAGCUGGUCGUACUCGCAGCAGAGGCGGCAGAGGGUGUGCUCCGGGGAGGGCCCGCCCCCGGCCCCGCCCCCGCCCGCGUCCAAGACCGACCUCAUGGCCUUCAGCCCCAGCCUUCCUCCGUGUCUGGAUAGAGAAGUUGGAGGGAAAAUGCAGGAGGCAGGAUCAAAUCACCCUGGGCAGGUGAGUUCUAUAGAUUACUCUUCUUUUAAAGUCUAUGUUAAAUUUUUAAAAAUCCUCUUUAUUUCAUAGA